AUGGAUUCAAGCAAAAAUGCUAAAUUUCCUCUGCACGAGGCUGCACGAGAAGGAAGAGAUCAAGUUGCGGAGUCCCUUCUGAACGCAAAUCCCAAAUCUGCUUAUGUCAAAGAUGACGAUGAGCGACUCCCAAUUCAUUGGGCCGUUGCCUACAACAAACUACCUAUUGUGGAGUUGCUUGUCUCCCAUAUAAAUUUUGAUCCUGAUGUUGAAGACGGGUCCGGCUGGACACCACUCAUGAUCGCUGCGAGCUUGAAGAAUGCCGAGGGUGAUUCGAUCAUUGAUCUGCUUCUGCGUAAAGGUGCUGAUGUUACUAUGAAGAGUUCUUCUGGUCAGAACGCCUUGCACUUUGCAAGCUCGAAGUCGAACAUUUCAACUGUCAAAACCUUGAUUGCUCAUAAAUGCAGUGCGCGUGUAAAAGAUACCCGAGGGCAACUACCUCUUCACCGAGCUGCAGCAGUGGGAUCUGUUCCAAUUAUCAAGAACCUCCUGGAAGAAGGAAACAGCCCGAUCAACGCCACAGAUAAUGACGGCUUUACGGCGCUGCACCAUGCGGUGUCAGAAGGGCACGGAGAUGCUGCCAUCCUACUUUUAAAGUCAGGGGCGCAGGCUGAUAAGAGAGAUAUCGAUGGAAGAUUGGCUAUUGAUCUUGUUCCUGAUGAUAAGGUCAAGCAAUACAUCUUGAAAACCGCAGAAAGAGAGGAAGUAGAACUUCCAUGA